CUUGGAUCUUCUGUUUAAAUUUUUGCGUUAUUUUGAACGAAAAUUUAUCGAGCCUUGGUGACGAUUCAAAUGUGGUAGAUAUAGGUGACGCACGGUCGGUAGUAGGGUAAAAGGAAACCCUCGCUGAUUUACUCAAUCUAUUAAUCUUUCAAUAUCAGGUUUAGCUAGUUUACAGACUCAGUUUUUGAUAAGAAUAACGGUUAGUACAACUAGAGAAAAGGGCUUUUGUAAAUAAAAUUUGUACUUUAGCAUGAAUACAGAACUUUGUUUUAAAGGCUUCCUCUCUGAUUUUUUUUCAUUAUGAAAUUACUGCUGCAAUCUUUUUUGGGGGUCAAUUAAGAUCAGUAGAUCACAAUUCAUGCUGUUCUGUGGUUUGGUUCUCUCUUUUUUAAGUACGACUAUGGUGGGGUUUCCUUGAGAUGGUUCAGGCAAUGGGAGCAACCUGAAAAUUUCAAAAUUCAUAGGGCUUUUUGGAAUACCAAAUAGUCAGAUCGUAUGUUUAUGCUACCUUAGGUCUUAGGUGUUUGUUGUAUUUUUUUUAUUAAUUUUAGAUGGACACUAACUUUUUUAUGAUUUAUGGUUGGAUUUUUUCUUGCAAGAUGGCUUAGGUUGCGUUUGGUUUGUUUAUUUUUCAUGUGUUUUCUUUUUCCAGAAAACAGAAAAUAAUCUGAAAACGCGUUUGGCAUAUCCAAAAUAUCGAAAUAGAAAAUACUGAAAAUGAAAAAUGACUUGAAAAUAAAAAAUGAAAGUCGUUUUCUAAAUUUUGAAAACACGGACUCUCUAAUCUCUAUCGUUUCGUUGUUCCGUCUUCGUCUCCGAGCUUCGAUUUCCUCUGUCUCGAUGGAUCGGAUCUUUGAAGGCCACGACCACAACAAGUGAAAGAAUGUGGAGACCCUUUCACUAAUCUCCCUCGAGUCUUCUCAGCCCUCUUCACACCCCCGCUGCUUGGUUCUUCACUUUUGUUUACCUCUUCAGAUUCCUUUGCUUCACUUGUAGAUCACAAUUUAUGCUGUUUUGUGGUUUGGUUCUCUCUUUUUUAAGUAUGACUAUGGUGGUGUUUCCUUGAGAGUUGAAAUGGUUCAGGCAUUGGGAGCAACCUGGAAAUUUCAAAAUUCACAGGGCUUUCUGGAAUACCAAAUAAUCAGAUUAAUUAAAUGAAGGGUUACGGGCUACAGUUGCGGGCGAAACCAUCACACCAGCAGAAAAAGCAGUCAGGGAGGCCUCCUCUACCAACGCCACUUGGAUUUCGUGAUGAUGAUGAUGAUAAUAUUGAGUCAGAGAUUUCGCGACAGGCCAGCAAGAACAAGUCUCUCAAGGAUAUUGAGGAGCAGCAUAAGAAAGCGUUGGAAGAAGAUCCAUCGGUGUUUGACUAUGAUGGAGUUUAUGAUGAGAUGAAAGGAAAAGUUGCUAGACCACGUGCACAAGAUCGUGAAGAGAGAAAACCAAAGUACAUUCAAAAUUUGAUCAAGAAAGCAGAAGAACGGAAGCAGUCGCAGGAGAUAGUAUAUGAAAGAAAGCUUGCUAAAGAGAGAAGUGAAGAGGACCAUCUCUAUGCAGACAAGGACAAAUUUGUGACUAGUGCUUACAAGAAGAAGCUCGCAGAGCAGGCGAAAUGGAUGGAGGAAGAGCGCUUGCGUGAAAUUCGUGAGGAGAAAGAAGAUGUUACCAAGAAGACGGACUUGAGUGAUUUUUACUUCAAUCUGGAAAAGAAUGUUGCAUUUGGUUCACAUAAGGCCUUGUCUAGGAAGCCUCAAGAGCAGGCUGAAUUAAGUAAACCAGGGGAUGAAGGCGAUAAAGUUCCUGCUGAUACAUCGGCAAGAAGUCAUCCACUCAAAGACACGAAUCUGCCACCGGAUUCUUCCCCGUUGAAAGAAAGGAAUGCAGAUGAAACAUUGUCUGUUUCUAAGAGCAUUUCCGAGUCAAAUCCUGUUCCAGACAAGCAAAUUUCUGACGCUUCUGUACAAGAUGGAACUUCUGUUGAACAACCUAGUGCAGAUCAACAAAUGCGUGACCGCCAUAAAAGGAAUGAAGAUGCAGUUGCUUCUGCCAAGGAACGCUUUUUGGCACGGAAGAGGGCCAAGGAACAGUAAAUUACUAUCACCCCCUUUCUUUGAGCAUGUCAUAGGGGUUUAGAGUUGAGCAAUAAUGUAUAUUUUCAUGCAACUGUUUGAGGUCGACUUCCCGAUGCUUGUUUUUCUUUUCCAUUUGGAAAAACAUUUGAAAUAGGGAGGAUAGUAACCAUUUGCAUGCUUUCCACUGUAUAAAAAAUGCAGUCCCGGGUGACAGGGAUGAUGUUUGUUCAGAUUACUAAGGUUUGAUUAAAUUGUCAGAUUAUCUCUUUAUCUAUCA